AGCUAUUACCUUGUACAUACAAGUAAAUACUCCCAUAGCAGCGAGCUGCGGCCAUUUUUACAAUCCCUUGCAUCUGAGCCCAACGCCCGAACAUCACAAACGACCUGCCGUUCACUUUUUCUAUCAUGACGGUAUCUGAGUCAGGCAACAUGUCUGAGGAGAAGCGGCCGGUGGUAUCCUCUUUGCAAGAUCUAACGAUCAUCGAAGCAUUUGACCGGGGAGCCACCGAGUCCAAAUACGUUACUUUCUACCUGGUGAAUCCCGAGGACGAGCUAUACUUUGGCCAGCUGUUCAAAAAGAAGAAGGAGAUUACCAUCGAAGAGUACAACUCCGCCCUGGAGCAUGUCCCCGACAGCGAGAUCUACCCAGAGGUUCCCCAGGGCGUCGCGCUCACGAUAGCGCCCGGCGACCUGGAUGACACCUCGGCCUUUAUCAAACGACCCGGCAUAGCCUGUUAUGAGAGCGUGAAGGGGACCGAGUUUGUUCCUAAAGAGCUUCUCGAGGAGACCCUCAUCAUGGAGCAGAUUUCCAAGACGCCGCAUCCCAACAUCAUCCGGUACCUUGGCUGCCGCAUCCACCGAGGCCGCAUCACUUCCAUCGUCCUGGAGCGGCUGGACCAGACGCUGAUGCAAUACGUUCACGAGCCCGGCUUUGCGCAGCUCGACAAGACCAAGUUCGUGGACGCGCUCGAGUCGGCCGUGGCCUACCUGCACUCGCUCGGGCUUGCACACAACGACAUCAACCCGUACAACAUCAUGAUCAAGGACGGAGGGCAGCCCGUUCUGAUUGAUUUCGGAUCCUGCCAGCCGUUUGGCGGGCGUCUGCGGUCGCUGGGCACGCCCGGGUGGUACGAAGAAAUAUUCUACACGUCCGAGGCGAAGCAUGACACAUAUGCUCUGAACAAGCUGCGGACGUGGCUGGAAAAUCCGCAGUGAUUGGGCACUCGUGGGAUACGCGGGGGCUGCAGGUAUGCGGAUCAAAGUAGUACAUACCAGCCAGGUCGUGGUAAUUAGUCUAUUAAAUCACAUCCAUUCAAGGUUGUGUCUCUC